CUGCUCAGAACCAUUUAGACCUCAUUCGGGACACCGCUGAGACUAGAAGGGCUUCACUGGAUACCACAUUGAACACACAGGAUUACAACAAUACUCAUGCUGCACAGAAAACAAAUUCGAGGAGAGAUUGAGGAUCUUGUAAAAAGCAACCGAACACCAGCUUUAUAAACAAUAUUAUUCAGUGUUCAUAUCUGAGAUAUUUUAAACACGUCGACGUAUAGGAACAGCAGUCAGGUGAGGGGUGGGAGUGUUUGGCAUUUCUAACGAACUGGAUUUUCGUACUCAUCCGAGCUAAACAAUUCUGCAGGCUGGGGUGCUGCUACCUUUCUCCUGUUUUUCCAGAACGUAGGCUUCUUGUGAAGAAACAUACUAUCUAUAAAAAUAAAAAUAAAAACCUUCCCACACAAAUUACUUUCCCUGAGGGAUGGUACUGAAGUUCCAUACAUUGGGAGCCCCAUUUCAGCUCCUAGUGAAUAUUUUGUUCUUAUUGUUGGGCAAAUCUAAAUUAAAACGAAAUGAGGACCACAGCUUGCUAUUUGCUAAUCUCUUCGUUCUACCUGUGGUUCGCCUUUGCUGAGGAAGCAGAGAUUCCCCAAGAACUUAUUGAAAAACUGUCUCACAGCGAAAUCCGCAGCAUAAGCGAUCUGCAGCGCCUCCUCGAGAUUGAAUCCGUAGGAAAUGAGGUUGCUGCAGAGUCAAAGACGAGGUACCACAAGGAUCAUGUGGACAAGCACGCCCAGAUAUUAAUAAGAAGAAAACGAAGCAUUGAGGAAGCCGUGCCCGCAGUGUGCAAGACGCGGACAGUCAUCUAUGAGAUCCCUCGCAGCCAGAUCGACCCGACUUCCGCCAACUUUCUGAUAUGGCCGCCUUGUGUGGAGGUGAAGCGCUGCACUGGCUGCUGCAACACAAACAAUAUGAAAUGCCAGCCAUCGCGGAUACAUCACAGAACAGUGAAGGUUGCAAAAGUGGAGUAUGUGAGGAGAAAACCUAAAUUAAAAGAAGUGCUGGUGAGGUUAGAAGAGCACUCAGAAUGCAUGUGCACGUCACAGCAUUACCACACAGAGCUCAAAGAAGCAGAAACAGGAAGGACUAGGGCCACAGGUUUAAAAUGGAAACGCAAAAAGCUAAAACACAACAAGGAUUUAUUACCAACAUAAAAACAUACCCAGGACCUGUCUGCAGCAAAGAUGUGAGGUGAAAAUAAGCUAUGGAAGGACUGCUAUCUGGGGUCUGAUGCGCUUCGACAAAUUGAAUCCCUGAACUGAUCUGCCAAAGAUGAUUUCUGACAAUUCUUCUGAAAUGUGAAAACAUGAAAAUCUGCUUGCAUUACCACGGAAGGACAAAAGGAACAACGUGCGUUUGUUUUAUUGUGACAUAAAAAAGAAGAAAGCACUCUGCGAAGAACGAAUGGAGGGUUCGUAACAGCACAGCGAGUGAAGCAAGGACCAACAACGGAGCGGCCAGAGCUGCUUUCUGACCCCAAUUCUGGGUGCUCUCUAAAGGCUCUGGUGACUCUGUGAGCUGUGGAUUAAACUAUUUGGAAUCUGUCGACAAGCGGUGGAAAAUUCUAGCAGUGGAUCGAAUCUUCACUGGAAGCCUUAUACAGUACAGUCUAUUAUCUCUCUCUCGAGUUUGUAAAAAGCUUUCCUAUAAACUUUGUUUAACCUUCAUUAUUUGGUAGACAAUGUGUACUUUAUUUACAGAAGACCACAUGCCCUAUUUCACACAGUUACUGCUUCUGCUAAUAACAUUUAAUAAGAACAUAAGAACAUAAGAACAUAAGAAAGUUUACAAACGAGAGGAGGCCAUUCGGCCCAUCUUGCU